GUCUUCUUCCCAGAUUUUGGUUUUAGGAAGAUGUGAUGGGAGGAAAAAGUGCAUCCAAAAUCAAAGUAGAAACAAGGGUUGAUAAGCGGAUUGAAUCGGAGGAGUCGGGAGACGAAGAAGGGAAGAAGCAGGCAGUUUGCUUAGUAACAGACCUCAGUCAGCAGAGCCUGAGAGAUGAGCAGAAUGGCGAGAACUCCACAGGAGAACCAGAGACACCAGUGGACAUGGAGACAAUUAGCCUGGACCCAGAAGCUGAGGAUGUUGAGUUGAAUCAUUUCCGAAUUGGGAAGAUUGAAGGAUUUGAGGUGCUCAAGAAAGUGAAGACUCUCUGUCUCCGUCAGAAUUUGAUUAAGUGCAUUGAGAACCUGGAGCAGUUGCAGACCUUGCGAGAACUGGAUCUCUACGACAAUCAGAUUCGGAAGAUCGAGAACUUGGAGUCUCUGGUGGAACUUGAGAUCCUGGACAUCUCCUUUAAUGUUCUGCGGCACAUCGAAGGACUGGAUCGGCUUACCCAACUUAAAAAACUCUUCCUUGUCAACAACAAAAUCAGCAAAAUUGAGAACUUGAGCAACUUGCAGAUGCUACAGAUGUUAGAGCUGGGAUCCAAUCGAAUUCGG